UUUACCGAUUUAACCUGCAAGGUGCCGACGUUGGUAAACAUAAACAACCUGCUGCGAUAACAAGUAUUGUACAGUGUUGAAUAAUAUACAUUAAUAUCGUGAUUUCCAAUGGAAAAUUGGACCAGUUUUAGUACAACUUUUCUUAAUGAUAACAUUAUCUUCCAUUUUACUGGCUGUACGCCUGAAAAGUUUUCAGUAGUCAAAGUAAAUCACGAGAAUUUAGCAGUGCAUGGGGAACUAUAUUUUCUGUACAGUUUGAAAUCGUGGAGAAGCUUCGUGUUUUGUGUCGAGGGUUGUACAACCAUUUUGCAACACUAUGCACAUACACAUCGUAUGAGAAAAGGCGAUGCAAGUACCGAUGUGACCGAGGAAAUCUUGGAACACCUGAUAUUAAAAAGUAACAAUUGGCCAAUAAAAAUAGCACGAUGCAUGUUGCAAAAGGAGAGAGUCUGUGUAUUCCUAAAUCGAAGAGAUAUUAUUACGAAUAGUAUAAAGAUGGCCUUGGAUUGUGGAAGGACAUUUGGAAGGAAACUGUCAACUGGUAAAGCAUUCAGUCUGAAGUAUCAACCUGAUGCGGAAUCAGAUCUUACUACUCAGAGGUUGCAUCUAAUACUAAACGUUGCUGCGAAGGUGUUGCAUCUGCAAGGACAUGUGGUAUCGGAUGAGGGGAAUAGUAUUGGCAAAUAUAUAUUCUCCAGUAAAUCAGAGGGGCCAGUCGCUGAGGGAUACAAGAAAUAUAUCUGUGGUGUUGUAAAGAACUCUCAAUCAAAUUCGAAAGAAGUAUGUCUGUCAUGGCAGCAAUAUGUAGAACAGAAAAUGAAUCAGGUGGCGGAAUCGAGUAAGCAUGAGCUUAUUGGGAAUAAGGAAGCUGAAGAAAAUAAAAGGUUUUUGCACAAUUUGGCCAGUGCUAUUAUUACAUUUGAGUUGAUAGCUGUGAAACCAAGUCGAUCGGUUGUUAUUGGGAAUAAUAAUCUCGAAGACAAUAGAAACGUUACAAAUACAAAAGGUGCGUCGUUUAUAUUGUACAAUACUGCCAGAAUAUCGACGAUUAUAGCGAAAUACAAUGAGAAGGUAUCACGUGAAGAAUAUCCAAGUUUGCCGAAUAUCGAGAAUGUAGAUUUUUCGCAAUUACAGGAAGAAGAAGAAUGGGAACUCAUAUAUAAUUUCAUUUUUGGAUUUCCACAAAUAAUAGACGAUUGUUUGAGAUAUGAGCCAGCUUUUGACAUUUAUCCACAGAUGUUAUGUUUAUUCUUAUCACAGUUGUGUCAGAAAUUCAGUGUGUACUAUCGAAGAGUCAGAAUUUUGAUGGAAGGAGAUCAUCUAAUUCCCAAGGUGAUUGCAAGAUUAUACAUGUUACAUGCAUUACAAAUUGUUCUGCAAAACGCACUCGAUAUUUUCGAUAUUAAAAUGGAAUCACGAAUGUGAAAUGAUCGUUAUAAAAAUAAAUGUUCGAUUGUUCAAUUUGUA